UUCCUUCGACCAAUAUUUUUGACAUGACAAAUUGAAAAAUAAUAAUCAUUAUGAUAUUAGGUACAUCCAAACUAACCAGCAAAUUUCCGACAUGACAACAAGAAAAGGAAUAAAGUGAGAAUCUUCGAACAGAAGCAAUACGACCUUUCCUUGUUAUUCACUCGAAGGUGACACAAACUGACAAACAUAAUUGAUGAUCAGUUAAAAAUCAAAAGACAUGAACCCUUUUGAGAACCAGGUGAUAUUCAGAGAGCGGUGAGAAUAGUGAUAAUGCCUCCGCAACUUCAUCAAUCUUCACUUCCUAUUCUAAAUCCUCUACUCAGAUUCUCACCUCCUUCCUCUCCUGAUGAUCACAAACACCAGAGAGAAUCAAAGAUCAAGAUGCCAAAGUUCACUGUGCGUAAACUCAUACCUCUUUUUAUCUUUGUUCUUUCAAGCCUCUCCGUUCUCCGACUCCUCCGGAUUUCAUACAAGUCUUCAUCCUCUGCUUCUAGGUCCUCAUCUUCAACCACAUAUCGUGUGAGUCCAUCUGAGUUCAGUCAGCAGCUCAGGGCUAAUGAGGGCCCAAGUGCUCUCACGGAAAAGGAACUGAAGCUCUUAUCAGAUACUGUUACUCGUAGAUCCCCUUGCAACGUUCUUGUUUUCGGGUUUGCACCUCAAUACCUCAUGUUAUCUUCAAUCAACACUAGAGGUAUUACCGUCAUUCUAGAAGAUGAGCCUGCAGAGAUAAUGAUACCAAAAGCUAAAGUAAACCCAAACAACACAAGAAUCUACAGCUUAAAAUACCAUCAGAUGGAAAUGAAAAAUGCUUACAAUCUGCUUCGACAUACUCGAGCCAAUCCUGCAUGCGCACCUAAGAUGAAUAAUCUACAACAAGGUUCAUCACAAUGCAAAAUGGAACUGAGGGAUUUGCCACUGGAAGUACACAAUAUCAAAUGGGAUGUGAUAGUUGUUGAUGGACCUCGUGGGGACAACUUAGAGGCACCAGGUAGGAUGGGGAGCAUAUAUACUGCAGCUGUGUUAGCAAGAGAAGGAAGUAAUAACUCAACAACAGAUGUUUUCGUGCAUGAUGUGCACAGGACUGCUGAGAAGUGGCUCUCCUGGGAAUUCUUAUGUCAGGAGAAUCUGGUUUCAGCUAAAGGGAACUUCUGGAAGUUUAGUAUAAAGGGACAAUCAAAUGCAUCCAGGUUUUGCUCACCAGAAAUGGUCCUCAUCAGACAUUAGUAAAAUUUUGUACAUUUAAACAAGAGCAACAUUAUUGCCACUUA